GGUGCGCCACUCGCUCCCGCUGACCGGUCUGAAAUCAGAGGAAGUUUUCCAUUCUAACGGUUUAUCUGCUGAGUCACUGCCAAACCUUCUGAACAUGGAGUGGACUGCGAUGGAAAUCAACCCCGAGAUGCUGAACAAGAUUAUGAGCAAGCUCGGUGUGAGUGGACACUGGCGUUUCGUGGAUAUUUUGGGUCUGGAGGGUGAGCAGCUAACCGCCGUCCCGAAGCCAUCCUGUGCCCUGAUGCUGCUCUUCCCCCUGACGCAACAGCAUGAGGAGUUCAGGAUCCAGCAGGCGAACAAGGUUACAGGAGGCUCUGACGUAUACUUCCUGAAGCAGGUUGCCUCUAAUUCCUGUGGCACAAUUGCCCUGGUGCAUGCCAUCGCCAACAAUAAGGCCAAAAUGACUUUUGAGAACGGCUCAGUCCUGAAGACCUUUCUAGAUGAGACGGCUGGCAUGUCUCCAGAUGAGCGUUCCAAACAUCUGGAGGGAAACAAGGCAAUCUGUGAGGUUCACAAUGAGGUUGCAAAAGAGGGACAAUGCCGGCCAGAAGGUGAACAAGUAAACUUCCACUUUAUUGCCUUUGUGAAUGUGAACGGACAACUCUAUGAAUUUGAUGGGAAGAUGAAUGGACCGGUGAACCAUGGAGCAACCAAAGAUGAGACCUUUGUCACUGAUGCAGCCAAAGUGUGCCGCAGCUUCAUGGAACGAGAGAAAGACGAAGUCCGCUUCUCAGCUGUGGCUCUCUGUCAGUCUUAAAUGAUCUUGUGACUAACUCAAACAAAUUGUAAGCGACAUUGUUCUACAGCAUUUACAUUGCAAACUGUU